UUGAGUUUCGCAGUGUCUUCUUUUACGAAACAGGCAUCGCAAUAACGAAUCCUUAUCUCGGCGAUGAUGAACUACUACUGUAUAGGAAAUAAAUGCCGCAGUGAUAUCAAAUAAGAACAUCAUUCCAUCAAGUCAACAGAGAAAAUGAGUUUGACCGUACAAUAUCUUGUACUGAUUGUAGCCUGUUCCACGGCCUUUGGCCAGAUACCAGAUGAAAACAAGCUGUACUGUUGGCUGUGUACCAAUGCCAGGAGUCUUUCAGACUGCCGAAUCGAAAUAUGUGACAACCGGACCGAGAGUUGCUACAUGGACCAAGUGAUCACUGCCGCAUUUCAAGUUGUCUACAGAUCUGGAUGCAGAGCUACGGCGCAAUGUUCGGGCCAGAUUGGUUUGAUCGGAAGAAGGGACAUGGAGGAGGAGGAAGAGAGAUCCAGACGACAAAACGAGCUGGUCGCCUGUUCCAGAUGCUGUAAUAUGGACAGCAACUGUAACCAGAGACUCUGUGGCAUCAGCAACAAUAACGUGAACGUUUCCAUGUGUCAUUACUGCGACUCCUCGGCCAACGACGUCACCCACGACGUUACCAACCCAACUGACUGCAUAACCUACACCAUCUGUGACUACGAUGAGGUCUGCACAGCAGAGACAGAAUAUACAGCUGGGAAAAUUUCUUUUAGAUAUGGAUGUGGGAAGAUAUCGAUAUGCCGAGUAUUGAUGCGAGAGGCGUUCAAGUACAUGCAACUAUGCGAAGGUCGGGAGGGACAUCGUGGCUGCGAGUUUGAGUCCGUCGCUAUUUGCAAUGCCUGCUGUGCUGGUGGAGGCUGUAACUACGGAUCCUGUCAUGACCUCAGGGAGCGGCUGUAUAGGGUCUGGAAAAACAACCCGAAAUUAUUCGACCUUGAAACGUUGAUGUUGGCGCAAAAUGCAAGCACUACACCGUAGUCCCAAAGCGGCGAUUGUUUGCUCGUCUCUGUAUACAUUUCCUUAAUUAAAUGUUUGAACGUUU